AUGAGGGACACAUUUCUGUUGAAAACUCUCGUUGCGCCUGAUGAAUAUUGCAAUGGAUGUGACUUGAGCGCUGUUUUAAAUUACGAGCGUGAGCUGAGGAAUCAGUGGGUAUCCCAGAGUUUAUAUUGUUCAUACCACCAUCACAUUCGAAAAUACCCUCGGUUGAAUGAUAUCAUUAUAAACAGUGCUUCUGUUACUCGUGCCGGUAACUGCAAUAACAAUAGCAACAUGAUUAACAAUUACUUAAAAAAUGAUCAUAAGAAGGAAAGGAAGAGUGAUAGUGGUAGCUGCGUAGCAAAUAAUAGUCGUUGCAGCAUUGUGCAUUGCUUUGCGAAAGAGUACCUUCGAGGCGUGAGGCGGCACAGUCGCACUAGCUUGUGGAAGCGAUGGCGCUGGAAAAGAAUGUCUGCCAUUGGAAGGGCACUCUUUUUCUUAUAUGUUAUCACAAUAAGCACAAACGUUGCAGCAACGCAAGGAGCGGAUUCUUUGCUGAACACACAUCGGAUGGGAAGCACAGCAUCGCCAAAGGAAGAGGCCGUUAUAGUGAGUUCCGGGGAAGUUUGUUCGAGCGUUGAUGUGCGUAAUACACCUCUCCAUUUGGAACGGUUAAGAAAAUGUCGAGUGGUGGAGGGCUUCGUACAGAUUAUGCUGAUUGACAAGUAUGGCAACGACAGUUUCGACAAUUACACCUUUCCAUUGCUUACGGAAAUUACGGGAUAUCUGCUGUUGUUUCGUGUUAAUGGGUUGCAAACUCUGGGCCAACUUUUCCCGAAUCUGACUGUCAUCAGAGGUAGCGAGCUUGCUAAUAACUAUGCACUUGUAGUUUACGAAUUGAUGCAUAUAAAGGAACUGGGCCUUACUUCAUUAAUCGACAUCCAGCGGGGAGGCGUGCGUAUUGAGAAAAAUCCCAACUUAUGUCAUGCAGAUACAAUUGAUUGGAAGGCGAUAGCACCUGAAGGAGAGAAUUGGAUAAAGGCUAAUCAAGAUGCAAAUGAAUGCACAACUUGUCCGAGCAAUGUUACAAUUUCGCUUCCAAAUGGGAUGACUCAGACAAUCAUAUGUCCAUCGCGAGAGGUAAAUCGACUGAUUCACAAUGAUAAACCAAGCCAUCUAUGCUGGUCAUCCAACCACUGCCAACAAAAAUGUCCUGCAAACUGUCCGAAAUCAUGCACAAAAACAGGUGAAUGCUGCAACACAUCCUGUCUUGGUCAGUGCAGCGGUGGAAACCAUUCGCAUUGCAUGGUGUGUCGGAAUUACUAUUAUAUUCACAAUAAUCACACCCGGUGUGUGGACAAAUGUCCAGAUCAUAUGUUCCUGUUCAGCGAUAGUCGGUGCUUAACGGAAGAAGAAUGCUAUAAAUUGUACAAGCCACUGCAGCGUGUAGCAGAUAUUACCGAAGAUCAUCCGUAUGUGCCUGCUCAGGGUGAAUGUCGUCUCGAUUGUCCUGUCGGGUACACCCUGACAACUGCCCCUGGUACUCAACGGCUAACCUGUGUUCCAUGUAAGGGUCCAUGUCGCAGUGAAUGCAAGGCCAUGGUUAUUGAAAGCAUAUCGCAGAUACAACAAUUGCGCGGGUGCACCAUCAUUCAAGGAUCUCUUUCAAUUCGAUUACGGCAACUUGGAGGAGAAAAUGUCGUGCGUGAAUUGGAGAAAGUUCUUUAUUCGAUCGAAGAAAUUUACGGCUAUCUCUUAAUUGUUCGUUCUUAUGCUCUGAUGUCGCUGGGAUUCUUCAGAAAUCUUAAAAUCAUUCAUGGUACUGUGUUAAAUGCAAACCUCUCGUUGAGCGUUAUUGAUAACCAGAACCUUCAAGAACUUUGGAAUCAAAAUGUUACCAUUAAACGUGGCAAUGUUCGUUUCAAUGACAAUCCAAUGUUAUGCGUGAAGAAAAUUAUUUCUCUUAAAAGUCAUUUCGGAGAAGGUGUGGGCAUUGAAAAUGAAGAACAAUUAAACAAAACUAACGGGGUUCGAGUAGCUUGUGAAAUUAAGAAGCUUAGAACAAAGCCGACCAAAAUUUCAUUAGACUCAGUCAUUAUUCAAUGGGACUCAUUUAAAGACUUGCCAGAUAUGCGGCAAUUGCUCGGAUACGUCGUAUACUAUAUAGAGGCACCGCACGAAAACGUUACCUUCUAUGAUGGACGCGAUGCAUGCAACUCACAGGGAUGGCGUGUUGACGACGUGGCUAACAUGCAGGAAUUAGAUCAGGCCACUCACAUUCUUACACGUUUACAACCUUUUACACAGUACGCAUAUUAUGUUAAAACAUAUACAUUGUCUUCGGAGAAUCUAGGUGGGCAAACGGAUAUUACUUACUUUCGAACAUUACCGGGCACCCCAAGAAUAGUACGAGAUUUACAUGUUUACAUAGAAAAUAAUACGCUGAUUGUUUCAUGGCAAGAACCGACCAAAAUGUACGGGAAACUAUCAGCAUAUAAAAUAGGCGCUACUUUAAACGACGAGAAAAAUGACAUGAUUAGACAACGCAAUUACUGUCAUGAUGAAAUUGAAAAACCUGAAUCAAAGCCAAACAUUCCUGUAGAAAGUACAUCAAUCGCUACUACAGCUUCGCCAGUUAAAGAUAAUCAAAAUCAAUGCUCAAAGGAAGAGUGUGUGGCCUACUGUUCAGCUUCGGGCAUAUCGGAAUCAGAGAGCGGAUUAAAGAUAGAUGUGAAUGAGGUGGAGAUGUCAAUAGGGUUUGAGGAUUGGCUGCAUAAUUAUGUUUACAUAAAAAAUCCAAAAUCCAGUCGAAAACGGAGGGAAGAUAGUAAUAACAGCCGAACUGUUCCAGCUGGGAACAACUCUAUUAUAUUUCCAUCUAAUAGAGCGAACGCCCCAAGAAUAGCUUCAAAUUAUGAGAGCAGUAAAGAACCUAACGAAGAAUACUAUCGCACACUAGGAGAAACAACCAAUCAAACACGAAUAACAUUUCCCUUAUCAUAUUUUAAACAUUUUGCCCUUUACAACUUUCGAGUUCUCGCUUGCCGUGAGCAUGCGACAAAGGUACCUGGAGUAUUGGUACAAGAUACGGCAGACCCUUGUGGCUCAGAAGUUCUAUUUAUAUAUAGGACACCAACAAAACUAGAUGCAGACGAUAUACCUAUAGAUUCUAUCGAACUUGAUGAUCAGUCUAACCAUACGCAACGUGUAAUUCGAGUGCGGUGGAAGGGUCCUUCGAAGCCAAAUGGGGCAUUGGUAUCGUACUCGAUAAAGUAUCAUCGAACUGAUCUAGACUCAGUGCAACCUACGGUGCGAUGUGUCACUGUGGAUGUACACACUUUGCUUGGGUAUGCAUUACUAACAAAGCUAGAUGCAGGAAACUAUAGCAUACGUAUAAUGGCCACAACGACCGCAGGCAAUGGUCCGUAUUCUCCACCGAAGUUUCUGAGCUUGGAGAAGCGUGAGUCAGAUACACCAACUGUAGGAUGGUUGAUAACUAUUGGGGCUGUAUCAGUGUUGCUCGUAUCGCUGAUAAUAAUUGGUGUCUGCUAUGUUAUGAACAAAUAUAAGCAAAUGUCAAAUAUGCGGCUGUUUGCGCAGGUUAAUCCUGACUAUGCAGGAGUUACAUACAAGGUAGAUGAAUGGGAAGUACCUCGUGAUCACAUAAUCCAACUAGAAGAACUAGGUCAAGGUUCGUUCGGUAUGGUGUACAAAGGUAUCAUGACGAAACUGGGGAAUGAUACAAACGUACCUUGUGCCAUCAAGACUGUCACGGAGAACGCUACCGAGCGGGAGCGCGAUAGUUUUCUCAUUGAGGCAACGAUUAUGAAAGAAUUUCAUACACAUCAUGUUGUUAGACUCUAUGGUGUUGUUUCUGUUGGCCAACCGACGCUAGUUAUCAUGGAGCUGAUGGCGAAUGGCGAUCUGAAAAGCUACCUUCGGCGUCAUCGGCCGGACUACGAAAAUGGUGAAGAAUCGUCACCACAGCCUCCAACACUGAAACAGAUUUACCAAAUGGCAAUCGAAAUUGCGGAUGGUAUGGCUUACCUUGCGGCGAAAAAAUUUGUCCAUCGUGACUUAGCUGCUCGAAACUGUAUGGUAGCUGAGGAUCUAACUGUGAAAAUAGGUGAUUUUGGUAUGACACGCGAUAUAUACGAAACUGACUAUUAUAGAAAAGGUACAAAAGGAUUUUUACCUGUACGAUGGAUGGCUCCAGAGAGUCUAAAAGAUGGUAUGUUUUCGAGUAGCAGCGAUGUAUUCAGUUAUGGAGUUGUUCUGUGGGAGAUGGCCACCCUUGCCUCGCAACCGUAUCAGGGAUUAACAAAUGACCAAGUAUUGCGAUACGUUAUAGAUGGUGGUGUCAUGGAACGUCCUGAGAAUUGUCCCGAUAAGCUCUACGAGCUGAUGCGAAUAUGUUGGCAACAUCGGGCUACAGCGCGACCUUCCUUCGUGGACAUUAUUCGAAUGCUAUUGCCGGAUGCAAAUGAUCAUUUCAAAAUGGUAUCCUUCUUUUACUCUCCAGAUGCCAUUGAUAGUUCUGUUCAGCCAGGUAAAGCAUUGUUGGAUGAUGUUACAGAACCAUUACGAGCGCAUGAGGACGGUUUCGAUGAGGAUGAAGAUUAUCCUUAUUCAAUUGAAGGAACCGAUAGUCGGUUAAUGCAGAAUAAUGGGCCCAAACCUGAUAUUCGGUCGCCUCACUCCCCGCAAAGGUGAACAAAAUCUUUAGAUGAAUUAUUCUUCGAACGCCAGAACAGCGACUUGCAUGAAAUAAUCAGUUAUAAUUCGUUGCGCAUGUUUAGUGAUUAUCAUUAAGUGUCUGAUAUGGUAAGCGCAGGAAGCAGCGAAACUCCAAUUAUUCCAAUGGAGGCUCUAAAUACGGUUCAAACUCAUAGCUAUAUCAAUGAAUCCCUAUCUCCUCAGUCAAACUAUCAAAUUACAGUAUCAAGUUCUAAUAACUAUGAUGCAUCUCCGUACAACUCUAGUUCCUUUAACGCUACCUAUAUUGAAAAAUAUAAUAACGACGCAUCAAACAGUUACUAUAAUUGUGAUACAUUUCAAGGAAACACAACGUACUUGAAUGUAUCUUGUGAAACUAUUCUCAACUACAGCAUUCCGUUGUAUGGAUACUGCAUUCCUAUCCUACUGCUCGUUACACUCGCAGCAAAUUCAUUGAUAACCAUAAUUCUUAAAAAGAGAACCAUGGCUUCACCGACGAAUUUUAUCCUUAUGGCAAUGGCUAUCUGCGACAUGUUUACACUUCUUUUUCCGGCUCCUGGUUUAAUUUACAUGUACACAUUUGGCAAUCAUUACAAGCCACUUGCUCCUGUAAUAGCUUGUUACGUGUGGAAUGCACUAAAUGAAAUUUUACCUGCAAUGUGUCACACAGCAUCAGUUUGGCUUACAUUAGCCUUAGCAGUACAAAGGUAUAUUUACGUUUGUCAUGCUCCUGCCGCUCGAACUUGGUGUACUAUUCCUAGAAUAAAGAAAUACAUUACUUAUAUAUGUGUUGCAGCAUUGUUACAUCAAAGUAGCAGAUUUAUUGACCGGUCGUACACACUCACAACCAUAGAAUGGAACGGUCAAUUAACGAACGUUUGUCACGUUGAAACGGCCAAAUGGAUACAGGAAUAUACUAGCGAAGACAUAUACUAUACCGCUUAUUUUUCCUUUCGUAUAUUGUUUGUUCAUUUGAUACCUUGUGCUAGUCUUGUAACUCUGAAUGUUCUACUUUUUAGUGCAAUGAAGCAAGCUCAACAGAAAAGGGAACGACUUUUCCAAGAAAAUAAAAAACGUGAAAGUAAACGAGUGCGCGAUUCUAACUGCACACUUAUGUUGAUCGUUGUGGUUACAGUAUUCUUGGUAGUAGAAAUACCAUUAGGAAUUAUAACUGCACUACAUAUUAUUUCAUCUCUCAUGUUCGAGUUUCUUGAUUAUUACAUAGUUAACCUAUUUAUUUUAUUUGCAAAUUUUUUCCUUAUAGCUAGUUACCCUAUUAAUUUUGCUAUUUAUUGUGGAAUGUCACGCCAGUUUCGUGAGGCAUUCAAAGAAAUUUUUUUCAAGUCAAAAUCUUUAAUUAAAAUAAAUAACGAAUUUAAUUCGUCUAAAUACACUUUAGUAAGUGGGCCAAAAACAUUUACAAAUGAAUCAGUUAUUUAG